AUGCCACAGGUUCGACUGAGGCCGUUGUAUCCUCACCUUAAACAUGACCUCAGUAGCGAACCUGGCAGGCAACGGGGAGAAAAGUGCUCAAAAUAUUACUCUCAAUACGGUGAAAAGAGACUAACCGGUGGUAUCAUGUGCAUGUGGUGCACUCAUAGCAUCUGCUAUGUAUUUCAUUGCAUUCCUCAAGGAGAAGGUCGAAAUGAUGUUUUUUCAGCAAUUCUAACCCACUGGCCUAAGGCCCCCAAAGUUGUCCCAGACUUUUUUGCAAAUACUCUUUUUGUCGUUGAUGGUUUUCAUGCUAAGGGCCAUACCAAGUGCUCACCUGGUGCUUUUCUGACUACCUACAGUCACACUAACCCCCAGCUCGGACAAAUCAAUUCAAGUGCCGCAGAGUGUGGCAACAGUGCACUCAAACAUAUUCGCAAGUUGGUCAGUUAUAUGUUGCAGGACCAUGCAAUUGUGUAUACAAAGGUUUUCUUCUCAAUUUGGAACUGUCUUGAGAUUUGUAGAACGUCGGGGGUGGAUUAG